AUGGGCGAUGUGUGGCAGACAAGCAAGAACUCGACGGUGCGUCUUAACCGCUCGAAACAUGUCAGUUUGAUAGCAUAUGAGCCGAUACGGUCCAAGGAUGAUGCCCUAGGACCAGCCCUCUUAGAACGAAGACGAGACACCGAUAUUGAGGUAUCUGUCCGGAGCCAAUCGAGCCAGCGAUCAUUGAGCUGGAGCACGGACUGCAUUAUCCCCAUGGAGAACGCUAUACAGGCCAGUUGUCCCAGUUGCCCCAUUCUAUGGCUCGAAUGUCAUCAGCUCAUUUGUGUGUCACUUCACGAUCGUCAUCCUUCACCAACGACCUUUGAAUCACCGUGUAAACAAUUCAAUCUAUCAUCAAAGCUUUACGAGAGUGUGCUGUCUACGACUGUGAAAAGGUGUCUUUAUUGCGUUCACAAACUCCUCGCUAUUUGCUCUCCUACGAUGAAACUUGUCAAUGCAUGCAGAUUCGUUCUAGCUGCUCAAGUGGUGGACGCAGCGGCUUUGCAGCCUCGACACUGCACGUCAAACUGGCAAGCUGUUCGAACAACAGUCAACCAGUACAGCAAUGCAGGUCUCAGUGAUGUUACCUCUGAUCAGAUUCGCUGCUACACGACUGGCAAUAAGGCGCCUACCAUCCAGAAUGUAGCUGCCGGUUCCAGUGUGAGCUUUACAGCAAGUCCAAACAUCUUCCACCCAGGACCUUUGCAGUUUUACCUUGCAAAGGUACCAACUGGAGAGACCGCUGCUACAUGGGAGGGCAAAGGAAAUGUCUGGUUCAAGAUCUACGCCGAGCAAGCGACUAUCGCAAAUGGACAAGUGAGCUGGGGAAGUCUUAACAAGGGAACUGUGAGCGUUACGAUUCCAAAGAACACACCUUCUGGUGACUACCUGCUUCGCGUUGAGCACAUCGCCCUACACCAGGCUAGCAAUACUGGGGGGGCGCAGUUCUACAUCUCUUGUGCUCAGAUCAAGGUCACAGGAGGUGGCAGUGGUUCUCCUGGACCUCUUGUUUCGUUUCCUGGUGUUUACACCGCGAAUGACCCCGGUAUCAAGGUCAACAUCUAUUCAGGUGUCAAGUCAUACACUCCUCCAGGCCCAGCCGUAUGGUCAGGCUGA